AUGGUGGAUUUGACGGGUUCAACCAAAAUUCCUACAAAUGUAACUAGCAAUGUAAGCAACAAAGCUAAAAACGUUACCAAUUCGGCUGAUAAAGUCGAUAAUGGUAAAAAGGUUGAUAAUAGUAACAAAGUUGACAAUAGUAAGUCCGAUAAUGUCAAGACCGAUAAUGUCAAAGCCGAUGAUAUUAAACCAGAUAAAGUCGAUAAUGGUAAAAAAGUUGAUAAUAGUAACAACGUUGACAAUAGUAAGACCGAUAAAGUCAAGACCGAUGAUGUUAAGACCGAUAAUGUCAAAGUUAAACCAGAUAGUAUUGUAGAUAAUGUCCAAACCAAAACUGAUAAAGUCAAGACCGAUGAUGUUAAGACCGAUAAUGCCAAAGUUAAACCAGAUAGUAAUGUAGAUAAUGUCCAAACCAAAACUGACAAAGUCAAGACCGAUGAUGUUAAGACCGAUAAUGUCAAAGCCGAUGAUAUUAAACCAGAUAAAGUCAAGACCGAUGAUGUUAAGACCGAUAAUGUCAAAGUUAAACCAGAUAGUAUUGUAGAUAAUGUUCAAACCAAAACUGAUAAAGUCAAGACCGAUGAUGUUAAGACCGAUAAUGUUAAAGCCGAUGAUAUUAAACCAGAUAAAGUCAAGACCGAUGAUGUUAAGACCGAUAAUGUCAAA